AUGGGGAUAUUAGAUGUUUUUCUCCAUUGCUUCAGUUACACAUUCUUGUUGGGGGCUUUCACAGUCGUCCUGUUCAUGUAUUUAAUCUCCCCUUCCAGUUUCAGUACCAAAAAACAUGGUAAGGAGCCUCCAGGACCCAGACCACUCCCCUUGCUUGGGAACCUGCUGCAGCUGGAUCUGAAAAAACCCUACAACACAUUACUGGAGUUAUCUAAGAAAUAUGGAUCAGUCUUUACUGUCUAUCUGGGACCCAAAAAAGUGGUGGUCCUGGCAGGAUACAAGACAGUGAAGGAGGCACUUGUCGACUAUGAUGAAGUGUUUGGUGACAGAAAUCCACUGGAGAUCAUGCGUGAACUCACUCAAUCACAUGGAGUUGCGUGGUCCAACGGCGAUUCAUGGAAAGAAAUGAGGCGCUUUGCACUGACUAACCUGAGAGACUUUGGGAUGGGAAAGAGAGCAUGUGAGGACAAAAUAAUUGAAGAAUGUCAAUACCUCAUUGAAGUUUUUAAGAAAUUCAAAGGAGAAGCUUUUGAUACAACCCAACCAGUUAACUGUGCAGUCUCUAAUAUUAUCUGCUCCAUCGUCUAUGGCAGCAGAUUUGAAUAUAAUGAUCCAGAGUUUAUACUUCUGGUAAAGCGAACAUCCAGAAUUGUUAGACUUGGUGGAAGUCCCUCAAUGCAGAUCUUUGACAUGUUUCCAUCGCUCGUCAAGUGGACUGCGGACAGAAAUGAAAUGCACAAAAUAUAUUCUGCUAAUAAGAAACAAAACCGAGCCAUCUUCAGUCGCUUAAAAGAGAGUCUGAAUUCCCAGAUGUGCAGAGGCUUUGUGGAUGCUUUUCUGGUCCGCAAACAAAAUCUGGAGAAAUCUGGGAUUACCAAAAGUCACUUCCAUGAUGAUAACCUUAUGAUAACAGUCAUGAAUCUGUUUGCUGCCGGCACUGAGACAACAUCAACUACACUGAGAUGGGGACUUCUGCUUAUGGCCAAAUAUCCAAAGAUACAGAAUGAGGUCCAGGAGGAGCUGAAGAGGGUCAUAGGAGACCGACAGGUACAGGUUGCCGAUAGGAAAAACCUUCCCUUCACUGAUGCUGUCAUCCAUGAGACACAGAGACUGAGCAGCAUCGUCCCCACUGCACUCCCUCACAAAACCACCCAAGACAUCACUUUCCAGGGUCACUUUAUUGAGAAGGGAACCACAGUGUUUCCUCUCUUGACAUCUGCCCUGCAUGAUCCCAGCGAGUGGGAAAGACCGCACAGCUUUUAUCCUGCUCACUUCCUGGACAAAGAGAAAAAGUUUGUCAAGCGAGAUGCCUUCAUUCCAUUUUCUGCAGGUCGCAGGAUUUGCCUCGGAGAGAGUCUGGCCAGGAUGGAGCUCUUCCUCUUUUUCACCACCCUCCUUCAACAUUUUCGUUUCACUCCUGCACCUGGAGUUUCAGAAGAAGAGUUAGAUCUGACUGCAGUUGUGGGCAUUACUCUCAGCCCUUCACCUCACAAACUAUGUGCUGUUCCCUGUAUGUAA